GGACGCUGCCCACAGGGUACACCCCCUUGCUGGACAAGGAGUCAAUCUGGGCUUCGGUGACAUCAAGGAACUUACAGAAUUACUCGCCGACACCGUGUACACUGGAUUUGAUAUCACUCAUCCUGACUGGAUGCGGAGAUACGAAAGCGAACGGCAGAAACACAACGUGCCGACACAGUUAGCGAUAGAAGCCCUCCACAGGCUGUACACAGUCGACUUCCCACCUGUAGUGCUGCUUAGAAGUAUCGGCGUCCAAGUCACCAACGCACUUCAACCUAUUAAGAAAUUCGUCAUGGCACAUGCCGCUACAUAA